UUGCACCUUAAUUUUGAAGGAUAUUAUAUUAUGAAAUUUUCUUUCAUUUAAAUUAAUCUGGGAAAAUUUAAUUCUUACAUAAAUAUGACAUCUAAAAAUAUCAUAUUUAUUAUUUUAAUUUUUCAUUAUCCAUAUAUUCGUUCCUUAAUCAAACAAAAUCAAUGUAAAAUUAAUGAAUUCAAAUGUGCCAAUGGAAAAUGUAUUGAAAAAAUAUGGAUGUGUAAUGGUAUAAAUGAUUGUGAAGAUAAUUCAGAUGAAGAAUAUAAUAUUUGCCCUAAAUCAUGCAAUUCUCAACAAUUUGCUUGCCAAUCUGCCAAAAAUGUAUGCAUACCUCUUUCAAAAAAAUGUGAUGAUAGAGUUGAUUGCUCUGAUGGUUCAGAUGAAAAAGACUGUGCACGACCCUGUAAUGCUACAGAAUUUGCCUGUUUAAAUGGGAGAUGUAUAUCAUUAAAAUGGAAAUGUGAUCGUGAUAAUGAUUGUGGUGAUAAUUCUGAUGAAGCAAAUUGCUCUUUUCCAUUAAAUUGUUCAAAACAUGAGUUUAUGUGUGCAAAUACUCUUUGUAUUCCUUCAAGAUGGCGAUGCGAUGGGGAUAUAGAUUGCCACGACAAUUCCGACGAGAUAGGCUGCGGGAAGCUCAUUUCCGCCACAUCCCUACUCCACUCGCUCUACAAACCCUUCAACAUGAACGCCUACAAAUGCAACUCUCACGAGUACAGGUGCGAUAAUGGUCACUGCAUCAUGUCUUCUUGGAGAUGCGACGGCGACACCGAUUGUUUAGACGGGUCAGACGAAAAAAAUUGUUCAGAUAUAUCUUGUCAUUCUUACGAGUUUAAAUGCAAAAACCACAAGUGUAUAUUGGGAAUAUUGGAGUGCAAUGGACUCGAUGAUUGCGGAGACAACUCUGACGAAAUCAAUUGUGACAAAAAGCAUAAAAAGUGCGAUCCCAAGAAAGAGUUUGAUUGUGGCGAUACCUGUAUACCCGAGUCGAAAGUGUGCAACGGUAAUAAUGAUUGUGGACAAUGGCAAGACGAACUUCACAAUUGUGGCGUUAACGAGUGCCUCAAGGCGAAUGGUGGUUGUUCCCAAAAGUGUAUCGAUCUUAAAAAGGGAUUUUACUGCGAUUGCCAACAUGGUUAUUCUCUCUCGCCAGUCGAUAACGUUACCUGCCUAGAUACCAAUGAAUGCCUUCUUCCCGGAACUUGUUCCCAAAUUUGCAUGAAUACGGAAGGGGGGUUCAAGUGCGAGUGUCAUGCUAAUUACUCCUUGUACCCACUAGCCGACAACAGUACCUUUUGCAAAGCUAGCGGGGAAUCGGCCAAGGUAAUUUUUGCGAAUAGGAGGGAUAUCCGGAUGAUUGACAGUGUCCCACUCACCAUGUAUUCGAAAUACAAGCUUUUGGUGUCGGAGCUUCAUAGCUCGGUGGCCAUCGAUUUUGACAUAGUAACUCAACGAGUGUUUUGGUCCGACGUCUCCAGCGAGACUAUUUACAGUACUCCCCUUGUCCCCGAAGAAAUAGUGGGUUCCAAUAAGAUCGAAACAAUAGUUGAAGGUAAUAUAAGCAUGCCAGAUGGGAUAAGCGUGGAUUGGAUAUACAGACUUAUAUAUUGGACAGAUACCGGCAAAAAUACUAUAGAAGUUGCCCGGUUAGCUGAUCAUACGAAUUCUAAUCAAAGUUUUACAGAAAAAGGAUCGAAAGAUAAUCAAUCAAACAGCUCCCGAACCUUUGGAGGAGGUUCUGUAAUCGCCAGAAAAAUUUUGUUCGACUCAGACCUAGACGAGCCUAGAGCUAUACUAAUAGAUCCCAGGCACCGUUAUCUUUAUUGGACUGACUGGGGCGCUAAACCUAAGAUAGAAAAAUGUGGAGCGAAUGGUGUUGGGAGACGCACGAUUGUUAGCCGUAACAUCGUUUGGCCCAAUGGGUUGGCUAUAGACUUUGCAAACAAUAGGCUAUUUUGGGUAGACGCGAAAUUAGAUCAGAUCGUUAGCUCAGAUCUAGAGGGUCAAAAUCGGUAUAUAGUUUUGGAUUCAAAGCAAAAUAUCAGACACCCCUUCGCGAUCACAGUUUUUGAAGAUUGGAUGUACUGGACCGACUGGGAAAACGAAACACUUUUUUCUGCAAACAAAUUUACCGGGGCCGAUCUCAAACCUUUAGCUCGAGAUCUAUACUCUCCCAUGGACGUGCGAGUGUACCAUCCUCUUAGACAACCCGUAUAUAAUUUAGACGGCACCCCAGUUAUCAAUGUGUGCGGUAGUUACCAUUACAACGGGGGCUGUCAACAUUUGUGUCUCCCCGGGCCAAGCCAUAACAAGUCGGUUAGUAAUGGUUUAUCGGCUCUUUACAUUUGCGCCUGCUCAACAGGAUGGACCGUAGAUCCCAAAGAUGCCGCCAAAUGUAUAUUAAACGAAAACGGGCUCAUUGCGAACUAUAAAGCUUCCGAAAAUGGAAAAAUUCAGGAGUCAUCUACUUCUAAAAAUUCACAAGAUAUUCGCCCACCAUCUUCAAGCUUUGCCCAAGGAUUUACCAAAAUUUUCAACAAUAAUGAUCUUCAUAACGAUAAAUCCGAUAUAUUUUCUCGAAAUGAUGAUUAUAACCAUUCCCACUACCGAGCCGUGAAUAGUGCAGAAUCUCAAAAAUUUGGUUCGUUGCAACAAAUCAAGGAAGGUACAACCGCUAAAAAAUCGCGCAGAAAGUCGGGAUUCGCAAUAUUUGCCGGAGUCUUUAUUACCUUUUUAGUCACCUCAUUGAUAAUCUUCUUACUUUGGAAAAAUUAUUCUAACCGCACCAUCAAAAGUCUCAAUUUUGAUAACCCAGUUUAUCGCAAAACUACCGAAGACCAAAUUAGUCUACCUCGCGCUUUCGAAAGCUCAGAAUCUAAGAAGAGUAAUUCAAGCCUAAAUGGGGGCUAUAGCACUGUCGGUGAAGAAAGUCGUAAACACAACUUUUACGCCCUUCCGGCCCAACCCCUCGAGGAAGAAGAAGCCUUUUUUGACGAUUUCGAUUCCACGAAAUCCCCCCACGAAUACCUUAAUAAUUUUAAUGGGGGGAGGAAGGCUAACGAAUACGUUUAAGGUUAUGUUCGGCUGAGGUUUCAAUUUUUGAUAAACGGGAUAGUUACAUUUAUGCUUUAAAAAAAUGUAAGAUAUUGUUUUUAAAUCACCCAUACCAAAAAAGAAAUUAAACUUGCAAGCAGUAUCUAUUUAUAAAAAUAAAUUAAUAAAUUGGAGGACCCCUAUUUAUUUAUUAUCUAAAAUAUUUCUUAGGAAAAAAAAUUAUUCAUUGAAUCAAAAAAAUUAUAUAAUUGACUUUUCACACACUUCUUUGUCCUUCGUUAGUUUGUAAUUUAUUUUUAUAGUAUUUAUUUAAAUAUUAGUUAGGGUCCCCUUCACCUAUAUUAGUUAGGGUCAAUCAAAAGCAUAUGUUUAUGAGUUAAAGUCACCCAUGUUUCUGACAAAGGACAGGCACCAUGCAACUCAAAAAAAACUACAAAUAUAUUAAUGCGUAAAAGAUUCGAUAUUGGAAUCGAUAUUCGCAAAAUUUAUAUAUAAAUUCUUCCCUUCCUUUCUAGUUCAAAAAAAACAAUUAUGUGAAAUUUUUUUUAAAAAAAAAUCUCCAAUUUGAUUUUAAAUUUUAAUCAUUGAUAAAUGUAUCUAAAUUUUUUUUUUAUGAUUUAAAUUAGAAUCUGAAUGUAGCUUUUAAUAUAGGCAUUAUCAAAAUAUAUAUACUCAAUCAUGCUAAUUUUCAUU